UUCUCGAUUCUGCCAAGGUUUUCACAACUAAAAUAUCGACAUGGGGGGAAGUGGCAGUACACGGCGCGUUGUUGUCGAAGAAGAUAGUGAAGGGGCGGGAGUUGUUAAGAUCUCAGAUUCGGUUGUUAAAAGGCUGAAAGAAACAGGAGAUUUUGCAGGUUUACCAAGUCCCCCAGAGCCAAGAGAGAAACCCUUGCCGAAGCCUGAAAAAUUACCCAGAUUUGAAAGAGAUAAACAUGCAAGAGACUUAGAGGCAUUUUAUCAGGAUAAAUUGAGAGCAUUGGAAGAGAAGAAUGCCCUGGUGUAUCGAACUACUAAAGAACAGUUUGCUAAAGCAGUAGAAGAAGUGGAGCAGAAGUUCUUGAAGCACACUGGAUCUGCUCUAUGCCAAGAUUUCCAACAACAAGUGUACCAGUGCUACAAAGCUAAUUCAGACAAAACUCUGAUGUGUUCACCAGAGGUGCGACAAUUUACAUCAUGUGUCGAAACUGCCAGACAGAAUGCACUUACACGAAAAGGUUGAUGAGGGUUUAGGUAUAGAUGAAUUAUUUCCUGCUGUGUGUAAUUAAGUUUCUAGAUUCAAAUCUAGAUUUGUGUUUCGCGAUGUAUCCAGAUAGACUUCUGUCAACUUGAGUGCUAUGAAUAUGAAGAAGGAUGAAUUGGUUAUCUGUUCACUGAACAGCACCUUCGCUGCUAGUCGAAGGCUUCAAAGUGGACUUGGUUCUCUAGUGAAUUUUAUUUUUCAUCUCUGGCACCUUUUGUAAAGGUAGCAAGACAGUCCCUUUGAUCCUGUGAUUUCUCACAAAUUCAUCUACUGUCAUCUUGUAAGAUAUUUAAAUUUGACAACAUCACAUGUUAGAAGAAGGCAUGUUUCAGAGUGCUAACUUGCUAGAUAUAUAUGAGAACUUGUUGGCAACAUGCUGCCGUACUUACAGUUGUUAUGAAAUCUUAAUAUAAAAAAUCGAAAAA